UAGUAGGUACAGUAUACUGAAGACUUUUCAGGUCACAGUUCUCCAAGCUGCAACCGACGGGAAAUCAAUACCGAGCUUUUUUACAAGUACCUAAUGCCCCACAUUGCAAGCACAGUCAUCGCCGUCGCCGUGUGCCGUCGUUGUUGCUAACUCGCCGCCUCCUCUCUGGCCAAGGCAUGCCUCUUCUGGCUGCCUAGUGCCGAUAUCGGGACAGUGUGCACCGCAGAAUGGGAUAGCGACACCGAUAUCUGCACAACUUCCCAACUGUACUAAUCAGAUUGGACGAAAGAAGCAAGGAAGAUGAUUGAUCCAUCUUCAUCUGAAGAAGACAGCGAAGAGGAACACGCCCCUCCUCAUGCGGGCCACCAUCCUGCCGCCCACCACCACCACCACCAAACCCAUCACCACCACCAUCCCUCCGAAGCUUCUCCUUACCAUGCUCACUUAUCAGAUUCUGGUAGUGGUAACCUGGAGGUCCCGAACAACACAGCGGUCCUCCAACGUUCCUUAUCACCAUCGAGUGCCGUAUCAGCCGAAACCCUUAGUCACAGUAUAGGUUCCUCCCGUGCGAAUUCCCUUCCUCGUCCCACGAGUCCUUCCCCAUCCGUGGCCUCGGAGAAAACCGAAGUUGACCUCCAGGAAAAGCAGGAACGAGAAGAAGAGGAACGGAAGAGACGUAUUCAGCUUUACGUGUUCAUUUCGAGGUGUAUCGCUUAUCCUUUCAACGCAAAACAACCGACGGAUAUGACACGACGUCAGACCAAAAUCACAAAACACCAAUUAGAAACUAUCACCGCCAGAUUUCAGAGUUUUUUGAAAGGGGAAACUCAAAUAAUGGCGGAUGAAGCUUUCCAAAACGCUGUACAGAAUUACUACGAUGUUUUCCUCAAAUCGGAAAGGGUAGUCAAAAUGGUGCAAUCUGGUGCUUGUUCGCAAUAUGAUUUUAGAGAGGUUUUUAGGAAUAAUAUUGAAAAACGCGUUAGGUCUUUGCCAGAAAUGGAAGGUUUGAGUAAAGAAACCGUAUUUACCUCAUGGAUGGCGAAAUUUGACUGUAUUCUAAAAGGAUUAGGCGACGAAGAUUCCAAGCGGCCUUCUAGAAUGCAACAACAAUCUUUAAAUUCGGAAUUAAUUUUAUCCAAAGAACAACUAUACGAUAUGUUUCAACAAAUACUGGGAGUUAAAAAAUUUGAACACCAACUUCUUUUUAAUGCUCUGAUGCUUGAUUCGGCUGACGAACAAGCCGCUGCUAUCCGGAGAGAGUUAGAUGGAAGAAUGCAAAAAGUAGCUGAAAUGGAAAAGAACCGGAAGUUAAUGCCGAAAUUUGUACUGAAAGAAAUGGAGUCUUUGUACAUAGAGGAAUUAAAGUCAUCAAUAAAUUUAUUGAUGGCAAAUCUUGAAUCUCUCCCCGUUUCAAAAGGAUCGAUGGACUCUAAAUAUGGCUUGCAAAAACUAAAACGCUAUAAUCACAGGUUGCAUAACCAUAAUAAUCCGUAUAAUGUGAAGCAUCUUUUGAUGAAUUAUGUUACUUCUUUUAGAUCGCAAGGAUCUUUAGCAAAAUUAGAAGGAGAUUCAGCUGACAGUGAUACGCAACUGACAAAACUUGAUGUUGUGUUAACUUUUCAAUUAGAGGUAAUAGUAAUGGAAGUAAAAGGUUUAAAAUCUCUAGCGCCAAAUCGAAUCGUGUAUUGCACUAUGGAAGUUGAAAACGGAGAAAAGUUACAAACUGAUCAAGCUGAAGCUUCGAAACCAAUGUGGGACACACAGGGCGAUUUUUGUACGACCCAUCCUUUACCAAUUGUCAAAGUAAAACUAUACACUGAAAAUCCUGGAAUGCUAGCUCUUGAAGACAAAGAACUCGGAAAAGUCAUCCUCAAACCGACGCCCCUGUCAUCAAAGGUACCGGAGUGGCACAAAAUGACUGUACCUAAAAACCUUCCCGAUCAAGACUUACGGAUUAGAAUAGCAUGUAGAAUGGACAAGCCUUUGAAUAUGAAACAUUGCGGUUAUUUGUAUGCCUUGGGGAAAAACGUAUGGAAAAAGUGGAAAAAGCGAUAUUACGUUUUGGUGCAAGUGUCCCAAUACACAUUUGCGAUGUGCAGUUAUAAAGAGAAAAAGUCGGAACCUUCUGAGAUGAUGCAGUUGGACGGCUACACGGUCGACUACAUCGAGGCUUCGAGUGCGAACUUAAUGGUCGGAAUGGGUAAGCAUUUGGAAGGCGGGCGGUAUUUUUUUAACGCCGUUAAAGAAGGCGAUAGCAUUAUAUACGCGAGUGACGACGAAAACGAGUGCCACUUGUGGGUGAUGGCAAUGUAUCGCGCGACGGGACAAAGCCACAAACCCACCCCUCCCUUGACACUGCAAGAUAAAAAUUCCACCAUAUCGAAAAUUCAAGGAGACGCUGAUCGAGCACGAAAACAUGGAAUGGAAGACUUCAUAUCUGCCGAUCCUUGUCAGUUUGACCACGCGGCUUUGUUUAAACUUCUGCAAAACCUCACGUUAGAAUACCGACUCAACGACCCGUACUGCUCUUUGGGGUGGUUUAGCCCUGGCCAAGUGUUUGUUUUGGACGAGUAUUGUGCGAGAUACGGAGUGCGGGGAUGUUACAGACAUUUAUGUUAUUUAUCUGACUUGUUAGAUAGGGCCGAAAAAAAUAUUAUGAUUGAUCCCACCCUAAUACAUUAUAGUUUUGCGUUCUGUGCCAGCCACGUCCAUGGAAACAGCAAUGACUUUAGACCUGACGGCGUUGGAAGCGUCACCCACGAAGAAAAAGAAAAAUUUCAAGAAGUUAAGGAACGAUUACGAGUUUUAUUAGAAAACCAAAUUACCAAUUUCAGAUUUUGUUUUCCUUUUGGGAGACCAGAGGGCGCCUUAAAAGCAACUCUUUCAUUAUUAGAAAGAGUGUUAAUGAAAGAUAUCGUUACACCAGUGCCUCCUGAAGAAGUUCGCGGGAUGAUCAAGAAAUGUUUAGAAACUGCUGCGUUACUCAACUAUACUAGAUUAUCUUCAGAAGCAAAAAUAGAAGAAGAUUUAAGAGGGGAAACCAUGGUGCCACCCAGCAAAAAAUUAGAUGAUUUAAUUCACUUAGCUGAAUUAUGUGUUGACUUAUUGCAACAAAACGAGGAACAUUAUGCCGAGCAACUGCGCAAGGCAGACCGGCAACCGUCGCCACAAGCCGCAGCCUCGGCGGGCACGAACGCUUGUUCGGCCACUCCGGGCGCUCCGGGCAGUCAGGGCACUCAGGGCCGUGAUGCCAAGCAGCAAAACUCUGUGUUCCGCUAUUGCAUGCCUCAGCAUGCCACUUACACCCCACCAGACCCCACGGCCUUUGCGUGGUUCAGUGAUUUAUUAGUCGAACACGCGGAAAUAUUUUGGUCCUUGUUUGCCGUCGAUAUGGAUAGAGUCCUGGCUGAACAACCAGCAGACACAUGGGACUCCUUUCCACUCUUUCAAAUACUUAACGAUUAUCUCCGAACAGAUGACAACUUGAAAAAUGGGCGGUUCCACCAACAUUUAAGAGACACUUUUGCACCUUUAGUUGUACGUUAUGUCGAUCUAAUGGAAUCUUCUAUAGCUCAAUCGAUACAUAAAGGCUUUGAAAAGGAGCGAUGGGAAAUUAAAGGAAAUGGUUGUGCUACUUCCGAAGAUUUGUUUUGGAAAUUAGAUGCUCUGCAAUCCUUCAUCCGAGAUUUGCACUGGCCGGAUGCCGAAUUUCGCCAACAUUUAGAACAACGUUUGAAAUUAAUGGCGUGUGAUAUGAUAGAAUCGUGUAUUCAAAGAACAGAAACCGCGUUUCAGCAAUGGUUGAAGAAAUCUGUCACUUUUAUCUCGACGGACUACAUUAUCCCAUCAGAGAUGUGUGCCAUGGUUAACGUUAUCUUAGACGCUAAAAACCAAUCGUUAAAGUUAUGUGCUGUUGAUGGGAUUGACGUUCACCAAUACCACACGAAAAUCGACGAUCAGAUCGACAAAACCUUGGCGAAUAUGAAUCAAGGGAUGAUCAGUAAACUCAUGUCAGUGUUAGAAGCGACUCUAUCAAAGCUCUCACGAUACGACGAGGGUAGUUUGAUUGGUUCGAUUUUGAGUUUUACGAAUGUGUCUGGAUCUGGGAAGGACAUGGGUCAGGGUUAUGUGAAUUUCACGCGGAAUUGUAUGGACCAGAUAAGGGGUAAAGUGACGGAUGAACUCUGGAUUCUAAAUUUCUUCGAACAGUGGUACACCAGUCAAAUCAACAUGCUUUGCAAUUGGUUAUCAGAACGGUUGGAUCACACUUUGCAUCCAUACCAAUGUACGUGCCUUGCCCAUAUUGUAAAGAAAAUCUACUCCGAUUUCGAACUUCAAGGCGUAAUGGAAGAUAAGUUAAAUUCCAAAGCUUACCAAACCAUAGCCCAGCGAAUGCAAACCGAGGAAGCGACAUGUGCUCUUACCAUGGGACAAGCAGAAGGUGGAAGUGAAGGUAUAGACGAAGACGGAGAUAAUCGCAGUAAGACGAAAGUUACGAUAAUGGAAAGUCUUAGUGGAGAAGAUGGUAAUUAUGUCUCAAAUAUCGGAAAUAUGGUAGCAGGAAGGGUCGGCAAUAUCUUCGGGAAAGGAUUAGGAGGAAUCAGUACAAAAUUUGGUGGUGGAACAAGCAGUUGGUUUUAAAUUAGCAAAUUUUUAUUAUAGCUUAUGUUUUCUCACAAGGGUUACAAGAAUGCUGGCACUGGCCUGAUAUUGUGAUGGUCCGUUUUUUUAUCUAGAUGAAAUAAUUUCAAAGCAAUUUUGUACCGUUUGUUGACAUUUGUUGACGUUCUAUACCAAUAAUAUUGUUCGAAAAUAUCCAGUACUAAGCACUAUAUUCUUUAUUUGCCACCACUAUAUAGUUAAUCGAAUGAUCUCGUUAUUUUGUGUCAUCGAGGCACUACAUCUAAUUACAUUAAGCCUUCAGGAACACACCAUUUGAAUUGGUACAAUAAAUAACAUUCAGUAACAACGGCACUGGACUCGGAAUUGCGUAUAAGAUUUAUUUUCAUAUUUAUAUCUUACCAAUUUUGUAUAUAUUAGAUUCUAGUAUGCAAGUUACUUAUUGCUGUUUCCUAGACCGUUAAUAAAUUUUUAUUACAUAUCAAACAAUAAACUGUUCCAAUAUAUUUUAUGUGCCAUUAAAAAAAUCAGUUAAUUUUUGGUGUAAUUAAGGCGGCUAUAACUUUUUAUCGGAAAUUUAUAUUAUAUAUUGUAGCAAAUAAGGUUAUUCAUUUGGUUGUACAAAAUGUUUAUAGCGUUGUAGGGUAAGGGGUGCAUUUGAUAAUGAAUCGAAACGAGUCCAGUGAUGUUGGUGAGUGUAGUAUAAAGAUCGCAAUUUAACAACGUUUUCAGUAUCUUGAAGCACAUUUGCUAUAAAUAGCAUUGCGCAUAUCUUUAGGAAUGUAUUGUUGUAGGCAUAAUAAUUGGAUACUGAAAAUGUUUUUGUUUUUAAAUCUGUAAUUUGCUUUAUCUGCUGGCAUCGGUUUGUAAAGUACGGUUAAUAUGGAGACAGCUUAUAUAUCUCUUGCUAUAAGUUACUAUGUUGUUCAGUUAAAUUUUAGAAUAAACUGAUUAAAAUAACAACGAUAACUAAUUGAAAUUUUUUAUUGUAAACUGCAUGCUGCUGCUGCUAAUAUUUUUAAAAUUCUCUGUAGCUCUUUUAUCAGAAAACAUUGAUGAGUACAAAUUUAUCAUUCGUAUAUUGUAGUAUAGAUAUCAAAAAUUUUGAUGCGUAAUUUUUGAUAAAUGUGAAUAGGUGACGAUAUAGUCUUAAAUUAAUAACUCUUCAUCACUUCAUUAUAUAAUAAAAGGGUAUAUCCAAUUGGUUGUUAAAAACUUUAAAGUUUAAAAAUAUUCCCAUAUAAGUGUAUAUAGAAAUACAGAUGUUCGUAUUUCAUAAUUACUUACUUUAUCUGCCUUUUCAUGAACAUCAAAUACUAUACUUAUUGUAGGAUAUAACUGAAUAAUAGAUGUUAACUGAAUUUCAUAGUAACUUGCUUUUUUAUUCUCAAAAUCAAUAAAUACAUUCUAAUUUAACUUAACUUGUCUAUAUAAAAUAAUUCAUAUUUUUAUUUUUGUUGCAAAACGGUUAUGGCAAUUCUUAACACUGAUUUGUAAAUGAAUGUUGGGCCUGUGAUGUCGACAAACCAAAAGAUGCUAAAAAAAUUUAAGCCUAUAUAAAUAAUUAUUUAUAGGCUAGAUAAUAUUGUUAUGUUUAACUAACUUGUACUUACUGAUGGUAAAUAAAUUGUUUUAAAAGA